AUGGCUACAGAAGUAGGAGCACAAGGAGGCUGUAGAUACACAUUCACUGAUGGGGAGACAUCCCAAGAGUAUCAAUGCCACAUAUGCACAUUAGUGGCAAGGGAUCCUCAACAAGUCACCUGCUGUGGUAAGAUAUACUGCAAGAGCUGUCUCGAGAGCUCAAAAAAGAAGAGACAGAAACUAACUUGCCCUGACUGCAAUAAGCAACUAACAGGGAAAUAUUUUGAAGAUAUGAGAGCAGAGCAAGAGAUAAAGUCACUGGAGAUCUAUUGCACUAACACCGAUAGUGGGUGCCAAUGUAAGGAUAUUAAGGAUAUUGAUACACAUCUUAGUAUUAGUUGUCCCUAUCAACAGGUACCCUGUACUAAUGGAUGUGGAGCGCUGGUACAGAGAAUAGAAAUGGAAGCACAUGUGACAGACGAUUGUCAAAGAAGCCUAGUUAAGUGUCAGCACUGUCAGAGGGAAGGCUCACGUCAAUUGAUGACUAAAGUCUAUUCAGUUUCACCUGACCUCUUGAUUUUUUGUUAUAACUUUUGA